UAAACAUGGACAUUCCGACACUAUAAACUAAUACGAUGGUCACCCAUACUUUUCUCUAAAAACAUAUUUAGUUUUUUUUUCAUUUACCCUCUGUUUACAAGCUACAACUAACGCUUGGUUCUCUCCACCAUCAUUGCUCAAGACGUCGACAUUGCGACUUUAACAGCACUGGCCAUGACGACACCAAUACCAAAUAUUCUCUUGUUAAAGGAAAAGGCGAAAACCCAUUCAGACCCAUAUGAGACACAUUUCACGGAACUCAAGUUUAACUGUAUGUUUGUUCCUGUCUUAGAGCACUGCCUGACACACCUUGAAGACCUGCGAAGCAUGCUAAACAACACAGGCGAAGAUUACGCGGGGAUGGUGGUGACUUCCAAGAGAGCCGUAGAUGCGUUGAGUCAAGUUUGGCAAUCGCUUGAUACUACAGUCAAACAAAGAUGGAUAGAGAGGCAGGUGUUCACGGUCGGACCAUCGACUGCCAAUCUGGUUCGGGAACUAGGUUUGCGGUCAGUUGGUGAAACGUCAGGGUGCGCGCAAAGGCUUGGCCAAGAAAUUAUACAACAGUUGCAAGAUGACCAAAAACCUGUUAAAUUACUGUUUUUAGUUGGCGAUAAGCGCAGAGACGAAUUACCCAUGAUGAUGAAGAACGCGUCUAUCAUCAUGGACGAGAUAUUGGUCUAUGAAACACAACUGCGCAAAGACCUAGAGGACGCCAUUCAAGACACAAUCACAACACUAUCACAGCCAAAUUGGGUGGUGGUGUUCAGCCCAUCGGGCUCCAAGGCAUUAGACAUUUUAUACCACCAUCUACAGAGGAAAAGUUAUUCAAAGCCGCGCAUUGCCGCUAUAGGGCAAACCACUAGCAAGCAUUUGAAGGAUCGGGGCUACAAGGUGGACGCAGUAGCAGACAAACCUGAUGCAUAUUACCUCAGAGAGGCGGUACUCCAAAGCAUGGAUAAAGGUUUUGACAGUCGUUGGUAAGACAAAAAAAGUUACUGUAAUGCGCAACGCCCCAAAUUAAGUGUGGCAGCGACGAUAUGUUUUACUGUAAAUGAUGUAUUUUUUUUUAUAACAUUGAUCACAAAGGGGAUAUAUUUUAUCCUUUGUGUAAUGACAGGAAUAGAUGAACAUGCUUGAAUAUAAUCUUUUUCUAAUCAUUCAGCAAAAACUCCUGUUCUAAUGGGUUCCCGAAAUAAACCAUAAUUCAACGCUACUCUCCGCCAUUCUGACUCGACCCCCUUUCCAGAUUCUUGUUUUCGAUGAUCAGUAGUUUCAAUUGAAUCAGUUUCUUCAUUGAUCAGGACUAAUCCUUUACCCGUGCACAAAGUCUUGCUUUCCUUCG